CCUCUGCCUUUCCAGGAAAAACAGAAGGCGCAGAGAUGGAGCGAGUGAGCUGGGGACACAGUGAUGGAGUCUAUGAUAUGGAACACACGUUCUUCAGCAAUGGUGAGAAGAAGAAGAUUGUGAUGGAGAUUGACCCCCUGGCCAGGACAGAGACCUUCACCAGCGGGAACGGCAGCGAGGAAAUCCUGGAGAUCCAUGACUUCAAAAAUGGAAUAACCGGCAUCUUCUUUGUGGGACUUCAAAAAUGUUUCAUCAAAACUCAGACUAAAGUCCUACCUGAGACGACAGAGGCCAAGAUCCCCGAGCUUGAGGGAGAAGAAAUCACCACCACCUACUUUGAGCAGUCUGUAGUCUGGGUGCCUGGGGAAAAGCCCAUUCAGAACAAGGAGUUCCUGAAGAGUUCAAAAAUUUUUGACAUCUGCAGAAAUGUGACCAUCUUCUGGAUCCACCCCACACCAAUAGCAGCUCCUGAGCUGGCCAACCUUGAAGGGGCAGAAGAAGAAGACCCUGAGCUGCUCGUAGACAACCAGAGCUGGUUGGAUGGAGGGAGCGAACACGAGGCGGAGAAGGAUGCACAGCUGGGGCCCAAGCGCCGAGCACGGCAGCUCACUGAGGAGGACCUACCUGUCAAUGACUAUUCAGAGAAUGGGCUGGAGUUCCAUCCCCUGUGGGACGAGCGAGGCUACUGCUGUGCCCAGUGCCGCCGUGCCAACCGCUACUGCCGGCGGGUCUGCGAGCCCCUCCUGGGCUACUACCCCUACCCCUACUGCUACCAGGGCGGGAGGGUCAUCUGCCGGAUCAUCAUGCCCUGCAACUGGUGGAUUGCGCGCAUGCUGGGCAGGGUGUAGCGCCCACCUGCCACGUCACCACCCAGCCAGGUGCAUCCUGACACAGCCAACAUGCGGGUCAAUACCUGUUUGAUGUCCAGUGAGGUGUGAACCUGCCGACUGCGGCACCCUCAGCAUGUGUAUCCCCCAGCAUCCUGCCCUGCUCCGGCGGGGCUGGGUGAGGCCGCGCUCGAGCGCAUCGCCACCACGCUGAGCA